AUGGUGCAACCUGGGGCCAGAAACGCUCCAUCGGGCCAACUCAAAUGGCAGAAUCGGGCACUCUGGUCUGCAGGGUUGACCGAAUUUACCGAAUGCGAGACGCAAGAGAGACGUCUUCGGUCGACGCUUUGUUUGCAGACACAAACAGAGCCCAGUUCCGGUCACGAAAAGCGCGUGUGGGCCAGUGGGGAGACGAGGGCGCGCCAACACGAGACCGACCGUUGCGUGGACAAAAGGGACAAUCGCAAGCAGGCGUGA